AGCCAGCAUACUAGAAGGAGAGCCAUCAAUAACUGAACAGUUUUCAGUGCUGCAACUACUGACUCUCCGAAGAGAAGAAAACGGGAAUACUGUUUCCACAGGCGCGACAACAGAAAAACUUCUGCAAGCGCUGUUCUGGCGGAACUAUGGGAUUUUGAAAUGAUGCUGGAGGUGAUCUAACCAGUGCUGUUUUCUUCUUUUUCAAACUUGGGAAGUCUACAAGUUUACCUGUGCACUCUUUGAACUUGCGUUUCCUACAUAGCAAUUCGCUCAACUGAGCCUUUUUCAGCACACGUUAUAGAAAUGUACAAAAAGUAACAUCCAAGGCUGAAGACUCCCAUCUCCUGUAGAAACGAUACAGCUCUAUAAAAACACAAUGAAAGACGACUUUGCUGAUGAGGAGGAAGUACAGUCCUUUGGAUACAAGAGGUUUGGAAUUCAAGAGGGAACCCAAUGCACCAAGUGCAAGAAUGACUGGGCAUUGAAAGCCGCCAUUGUACUGCUGUAUGUCCUGUGUGCCUUGUUAACUAUAGCGGUAGCUAUUCUUGGAUAUAAAGUUGUCCAAAGGGUAGAGACUGUGAGUGCGGACAUGGUGAACUAUGUGGACAAGAUCUCAGCUGUGGAGACAGACUUAAAGAAGCUUGACGAUCAAGCUGGGGAGAAAUCGGAGAAUGCCACCACUGAGAUGCAGGCCUUCAAGUCCAACAUCCAGCUGAUGCAGAGGCAGCUGAGCGACAUCGCUAAGAAGGCCAACAGCAACAAGGUGGCCCUGGACAAGCUGCAGGACGCCGGGGAGAGCAUGCAGAGCAGCCACAGCUCCCUGCAGGGCCUGCUGGACAGCAACGCCGACAUGAUCCGCAACGUGAAUGGCACCCUGCUCACCUACAGCGGCUACAUCUCCAGCUUGCAGGAGGACACAGCCCGGCUCCAGGUCGACCUGCAGGGCCAGGUGAGGGUCCAGAGCCAGACGCUGGUGGGCAUCAACAGCCUCAACCUGACGCAGGCCCAGCAGAGGGGCCUCAUCAGCGCCCUGCAGAAGUCUGUGGACGACACCAGCCAGGCCAUCCAGAAGAUGAAGAACGACUUCCAGAGCCUGCACCAGACGGCGCGGCAGACCCGCUCCGAUGCCGACUGGCUGAAGGAGAAGGUGCAGAACCUUGAGGCCGUGGCCACCAACAACUUUGCCCUGGCAAAGACCAACAACGAGUCCCUGGAGGACUUGGGCACCCAGCUGUCCAGCCUGGCCAGCCAGAUCCAGAACACCUCGGUGCUGACAGAGGGGCACGACCAGAGCCUGCGGGAGCUGAUGGAUGCGCAGAGGGACCACGACAACGUCACAUCGGCCAAGUUUGAUGGCUUUGAGCUGCGGCUGGAUCACUCCGAGCAGGACAUUGACCGCAUCACGGGCAACAUCAGCUUCACCACCCAGCUGCUGGGCGCCAUCAACACCAACCUCAAUGACCUGCGCACCUGCGCAGAGACCGUGGGCCGCCACUCCGACUACCUGCUCAACCUCAACAACAGCAUGGCGGACGUGCGCGCGGACACCAGCACCCUGCGCUCCCAGCAGGACGUCCUGUCUGAGCGGCUGGACAAGGAAGUGACCAGCCUGUCCAUUGUCAUGGAGGACAUGAAGCUGGUGGACAGCAAGCAUUCCCAGCUCAUCACAAACUUCACCAUCUUACAAGGUCCUCCCGGUCCUAGGGGCCCACGGGGAGACAAGGGACCCCAAGGCCCGGUGGGGCAGCCGGGCCAAAAAGGGGACAAAGGAGACAAGGGGGGUCCAGGGCUUCAGGGUCUCCGCGGGGAGAAGGGAUUAGAGGGACCUCCUGGUAAUCCAGGGAUAAAAGGUCAGACCGGAUCACGGGGCAGUCCUGGUACAAAGGGCUCUCGUGGAUCAGGGGGCAGGGCUGGACCCCCAGGGGCCAAGGGAGAGCCUGGUACCGCAGGGCUCUCUGGGACUUAUGGGCCCCCAGGUCCUCCAGGGCCUCCGGGGGCACCUGGUGUACGAGGGGAAAUUGGAAUCCAAGGUGCCCCAGGACCGCGGGGAGCAGCUGGCCCUCCGGGAGCUGUAGGGCCCCCGGGACUGCCAGGACUUCCACCCCGACCAGCAGCUACCCAUGUGGCCCCAGUAUCUCUGCAGGGGGAGGUCGCCGUCCCUACCACUAUAGCCCCAGUUACAGGAUGCCCUCCACAAUGGAUCAACUUCAGAGACAAAUGCUACUUCUUUUCAACGGAGGCUCGCAAUUUUGAUGAGGCAAAGAAAAGCUGUGAAGCGAUGUCAUCAUCAAUGAUCAUCAUCAACGAUACAGAUGAGCAGCAAUUUUUGCAGAAGGAGAUAGCUGGCAAGAGGUACUUCUGGCUGGGCCUGACAGAUCAGGAUGAGGAGAAUGUCUGGCGCUGGGUGGAUGGAAGCCUGCCCACCUUCUUGAAGUGGAAGCUAGGUCAGCCGGACAACUGGAGCCAUGGACACCAGGAAGGGGAGGACUGUGCUGGCCUCAUCCACCAGGGCUUUUGGAACGACUUCUUCUGCGACGAUCUCAACGGCAUCAUCUGUGAGCGCAACAUGGAGAGCUCAAAACAGCCAGGAUUAUAGCACCCGCUGAGGAGAGAGUGAGAGGGAUGUCUGACCAGACGUCUCAUAGCCCUUGAACUGGCAACCUAGAUUUGUCAUGCCAAAAAAAAGACACUCGGAGGGAAGAGAAACAACACUUUGUGACUGUAGAUUUAUCUACAACAUGGAGUGUUACUGCUGACCAGAUUUGCUCCAUCCCCAAAGAGAAGUGCUCCACCCAACCAAUCACUUCAGCCUAUGCAAGCACCGUGACAAUCAAGACAUAUGAUGAUUUGUACUGUUAUAUACUUAAAAAUCAAAUUAACUGAAUCAUUUAGAAUUGUUGUGCCUUUUUGUGUUGUAUUAAAAUUCCAUCCCACUUAUGGUGAUAAUUCACUCUUAAACUCAUUUUCAGAAUAUGCAUUUUCACAUUGCAGGUUGCCAAAAUUUGGUCACUUUCCAGUGCCAAAAUGAAAAGACAAAGGAAUCUUUAUGAUGUGUGCCUUUAGUUGUAAUGUUACAAUUUCUCAGAUUUGCAGUCAAGCAAUACAGCGCUGUUAUGUUAUCCUUGAGGAAGGCCUUUCUUAGACCUCAAGAAUUGUCUGGCUAUAUAUAGCUAUAUUAUAUACGUGAAUUUAAAUAAAUACAAAUAUAUACGUAAAACUAUCCAGAAAAGACAUUUGGUUUGGAUAAAGAAAAUUGUGUAAGUUUACUUUUUUUUUUUUUUACAAUAUUUUUGUAUGUAAAAGAUUUUCUAAAAAUGUGUAUUAUCGUGGAACCUGUAUUAUUUUCAUGAGAUAUAUUUUGCAAACUGUACAGAGAAACACAGUUGACCUCCUACCUACAAGUCCAAAUCAGACAUUUGAUUGCUAUUACACUCAGGGAAAUGCUAAUUUCCUGUUUUAGAUACUUUGGACAAUUAGCUUCCUGUCCUGUCAAAUCUUUUGAACAAUGGCAACAUGAUUGUGCUUUCACACUCCCCCAUUAUGCAGUGCCAUACAAAAAUAAACACAAGUUAUGGAA